UGCUUUCCUGUGCUUGAACCCGCCGCUGCCCACACACAGGCACGGGAGUGGCUCUUUCGUUCCCAGGCCUGCGGUUGCCAAAAGCGUGCAACCGCCGCUUGGAUUCCUGCAGCGGGGAUGAAUCGGUGAGAGCUCCGCAGACAGACCCAAGGUUCUGAGGGCAAAGUGAUAUUCCAAGAUCUCAGAGACAUUUAUCAAGACUUAGAAGAUAAAAGCCAGAGAACUGUAACUGCUAACUUAGUUCAGGGAGUUGAAGGAGUAUUUUGCCGGGGAGCCGCUGAGGUAGAGUGCUGCCACGGGAGCCUCCUUAAACCCUGCCAGGCCUGAGCAGUGUCAAGGCAGGGCCUUAAUUUUCCUACUACCACCACCCUCUGAAGACUGGCAGCCAUGGGGGAAAAGUCCCACACUUGCCCUUACUGUGGGAAAGGUUUCCGGCGCAACUCACACCUUACACGGCAUUUAGCUAUCCACUCUGGGCUGCAGCGCCCUUUAGGUGGGAAGCGCCUGGGACAGCAGAUGCCAGAGGAAGACCGCCCCUUCAGCUGCAGCUACUGCGGGAAGACUUUUGCCCGCAGUGCCCACCUGGCCCGCCAUCAGGAGACCCACUCAGGGGAGCGACCGUACAAGUGCACGUACUGUGGUAAAGCCUUUGGGCGCAAUUCCCACCUGACCCGCCACCACAGCACCCACACCGGAGAGCGCCCCUACGAAUGCGGGGUCUGUGGCAAAGCUUUUACCCGCAGCGCUCAUGUCACUCGCCAUCAAGGAACUCACACCGGGGAGCGGCCUUUCCGCUGCACGCGCUGCGGCAAGUGCUUCACCCGCAGUGCACAUCUCCAGCGUCACCAGGGCAUCCACAGUGGGGACAAACCCUUCUCGUGCAGAGACUGUGGAAAGGGGUUCACCCGUUACGCGCACCUUGAGCGUCACCGUGCUACGCAUUCGGGGGAGAAACCUUUCAAAUGCGCCAGCUGUGGGAAAGGGUUUGGGGCUGCCUCUCACCUUGUAAGACACCAGAAAACCCAUAAAGUUUAAAGGGCUGGGACUGCUCCUGCUACCAUCCAAACAAGUAUGAGAAACGGCCAGUAUGGAGUACUUGGACUUAUCCUUUGUCUUUAUGUCUCUUUUCUCCAUUCUAAAAUACCAUUCUAAAAAUCUUAUUUUAGAGGGAACUGAGUACAACCCAUUCAACAAUAUUUGUACCUGGUCUGCAGAGAAAUUGAGGUGAUGUGAGUUUCUUCUGCUUCAGUUCAGCAGCAGCUACAGCAAAGACAAUUUUAAAUGGCGAAACAGCAAACUCUUCUAAUUUUUUUCCUAGAUGGGAAAAGGAAAUCUCAGAGCCGCCGGUCCCUCAUGGUUUUGUGUGUGCUUUUACCCAGUAUCAUAAAUAAAAGCUACAUUUUACCUCCAUCUUUUCUGGUAAGAAAGAUGCCAGGUUUAUCAAUAGAAACAUGUAAGAAAUGCACUUAUGACUCUGUGGAAGGUGUUUCAAAAUCCCCUGCCCUGUCCUCCAGCAUCAUCCGCAUUGUGAAUUUAAGAUGUAAUGUGACGAUCUGCACCAAGAAGCAUCUUUCUGGCAAUUCCCUUGGAAUGUACUUGGAGAAAUUCUUUCAUCGGCUUUGGAUUUUGAACCCUAUGGCCUAAUCACAUUGCAGUUACAACAAUGUGCCAUGCCCACCCAAGAGAAUAGCAUUGGAAUAUGGGGUUAAUGUGCCUGGGUCUUCAGCCCCUCAAUAGCCUGUAGCACCAGAAGGAGAUCUUGUUGCAACUGAAGCCAACUCUUGGAACUUGUCUAUCUCUUCUGCUCCCCUGAAGACUUUGAGGCUUGCUUUACAACCAUCUAACUACAAGUGGUGCCUGCAACACCAUGUUGCAGUGUAGAGUAUUUCUAGACCAUCCAGCCAUAUCGUCUUUCGGAGAUACUCCACUUGAUUUCCCCUUCCUUAAUUUGAGCUGUUCUCUUUAAUAGCAUUUUGGGGCCCCUAUGCAUGCUCUGCUGUUGAUUUUUUUAAUUUUAUUUUUUGGAGGGAAAGAAGUUACUCCCUUUGGAUUUUAUUCCUAAUUAUUUUUCUCUGUUUUUGAAAAUGUUGGUAUUUCCACAGCAUGCUGAUAAUCUACUUAUUUCUCAGUAGCCCCAUUUGGGUUGCAUAGCUGUGAUGAAUGCGCAUGAGUUUGUUGGCAAUAUUGAUAGUUAUUUCUCUUCCUUACUAGAAUUUUUGUGGGAGAACUAAGGAACAGACCAAGACUUUAUCCAAGUCACUUGCAAUGUGAAACUCUGCAGAUAUUUCAAGCCAUUUCCUCUGGAGCAUAUGAGUUCUUAUACUUUACCUGUUGUCUUGCAUCUCCCAAUCCUCCAGCUUUAGUGAAUCUGAGCUUUCUUCUUCUUUUUUAUAAAUAAUAAUAGCUAGCACAGUUAUACUGAUAAAUUGCACUGCCUAACAGCAGUGUGUUCUAGUAUAGGUAAAUAAAUUAGACUCAAAUUCAACAAAUCAAAUUGUUGAAAAACGUAUUUUAAUUUUUGUUAUGUAAACUCGUUCACAUUUUUUUUAAAUGGAGAAGGGGAAAUUUUAAAUGAUACUGUCUGCUGUCUCAGCAGAAAAAGAACUGUAGAAAAAAUGUAUGGGGACAGCUGGAAACUUUUUAGCAGAAAUUUAAAGUAUAACUUUGGAUAUCCUGCUGUUCUGAAAUGCAUCAGAAGAGUUAGAGAAGCAGCAGGUAAUUUUUUUAGCUGGAAUUCCAGAUAGACUAUCUUUAUCCAGACUUUUUCUGCUUUGCCUCCUUCUGGGGAAACUUGCUGAGUAACUUAUCAUAGCAGCUUAUUGUCUGUUGCUCUUGUGAUUCUCAUCUGCCUCCUGAUCUGUGGUUAUUUAAGGGUCUGGGAUUCCCUGACUGUUUAAAAACUCUGAUCGUGCAAGAACGUGAUGGUUUUGUCACAUCAAGGACACCUACAGGGUAUUUGCUGUGCCAAUGAUUGAGUUAUAUAUGGCAUUUGGACUCGGAAACAGCAAUAGGCAACUUGGUUCUCUUUAUGGACUGGUUUUAACUUGGGCUGUUUGGAACCAGAGAAAUUCAGCAGUAAGACUGCAGUUGUGCAGCAAAGCUGUCAUAAAAUAUUUUCCACAAAAAAAAAAAAAACCACAACUGACACAUAAUAGAUGGGAAUAAUCAGAACCAAGAACAAACUGCAGCUCGCAAAACACAAAUGAUUUUACUUGAUUGCCAAAUAAAAAGGUUUUUUUUUGGCCUCA